UGUGCAAGCCCUGAAGAUAAAACGUUAGAAGUAGUAUCCCCCUCACAGUCUGCUGCUGGUAGUGCUGGCCACACACCUUAUUAUCAAUCUCCCACUGAUGAAAAAUCCAGUCAGCUUCCCUCUGAAACCAGUGAAAAGCCAACAGAAGUUCCUGUUAUCUUUGAACUCAGUGAAGACAAAGAUGAGUCUGCAAGACUCAGAAUAAGCCCUAUGGAUGAGCCUAUGCCAGAUUCAGAAUCUCCUAUUGAAAAGCUUCUCUUGCCUCUACAGAUUUCACCACUGAUAGGUUCAGAGACCACUUAUGAUACAUUUUUGAGUGCUGAUGUAAAGUUUCCCACCAGACAUUAUAGAAGCCAUUCUGAGGGGAAACUUGAAAAAGAAAAAUCACUUGUUCAGAUGAGCCCAGCUUCUGAAGCCAGCUCUGUGGGCCUUUACCGAGAAACACAAGAUGAAAAAAGCAUGGAGUUUAUAGUAAUUAAGGACAGUUUCAGCCUAGAAAGGAAAAUGGAGGAUACAGAACCCAGCAGCUCCCAGUCUUCACUGGUCUUGGAUGAGCAGAAGUUAGCAGGUGAUCUCUCACCUACUCAAAUAGAUAUUGGUCAGUUUGGUUCCUUAAAAGAAGACACCAAAAUGUCAUUUUCAGAAGGCACUGUUUCUAACACAUCUGCAACUCCAGUUGAUGAGGUUGCAGCAGAAGACACCUAUUCCCAUAUAGAAGGAGUAGCGUCUGUCUCUACAGCAUCUGUUGCUACUAGUUCAUUUCCAGAACCAAUGACUGAUGACGUAUCUCCUUCUUUGCAUGCUGAGGUUGGAUCCCCUCACUCUACUGAAGUUGAUGAUUCCCUUUCAGUGUCAGUUGUACAAACACCAACAACGUUUCAGGAAACAGACAUGUCUCCAUCUAAGGAAGAGUGCCCAAGGCCCAUGUCAAUUUCUCCACCAGAUUUCUCACCCAAAACCACAAAAUCAAGAACCCCUGUGUACAGUCACAGAUCUUCUGAGCAGUCAACUAUGUCAGUAGAAUUUGGUCAGGAAUCUCCUGAUCAGUCUUUAACAAUGGACUUCAGUAGACAAUCUCCAGACUAUCCUACUGUAGGCACUAGUGUACACCAUGUAUAUGAAAACGGACCAACAGAAGUAGAUUAUAGCCCUUCAGAUAUACAGGAACCUAUUUUUGCACAGAAGAUUUCCCCUGUAGAGCAGUCAUCUUACUCUCAGGAGAAGGAUAUUUCAGAAAUUAUUUCAGUUUCCCAAAUUGAAGCUUCAUCCUCAACUUCAUCAGCUCAUACACAUUCCCAGUUAACUUCACCACUGCCAGAAGAAACCUUUUCAGGUGCUGUUCCACUACAUUCUUCUUUUACCUUAGAAAAGAUGCAGAGCCUAGGAGAAAAGCUUUCACCAAAGUCUGACCUAUAUCCAUUAACUCCAAGGGAAUCUUCUCCUCUGUAUCCUCCUAGUUUUCCAGAUUCACCUCCUGCAAUCAGAGAAGCUGUGUCAGCUAGUCAUACAUCUUCAUUAUGUUUGCAAGUGUCAUCUGUCAAAAUAUUUGGUUACCAGGAACCCCUAACAAAGCACAGUCCAGAACCUUUAGUCAGCCCAGAAACAGAAGUUUCAGAGAAAAGCAGCAGGUCACCAGAAGAACUCAAUUAUUCUUACAAGGCCACAGAGAAAACUGUUACGCCACCAGAGGAUAUUUGCUACUCCUACGAAGCAGUUUCAAAAUCUAGAUCACCUCAGGCCACAGAUUAUUCUUAUGAGAUGACAGGGAAAGCCAUGAGGUCACCAGGAGUCAUGGAUUAUUCCUAUGAGAUAAUUGACAAAGCUACCAGAUCACCCGAUGCUAUGGAUUACUCCUAUGAGACAACAGGGAAAGCCACAAGCUUACUUGAAGCCACAGAUUACUCAUUUGACACAACUGGGAAAACCACCAGGUCAUGCAAAGCUACUAGCUAUUCCUAUGAAGCAAGUGCACAUUUUACUCCAGGAAAAUCUUUAGCAGAAUCACGUCAAGAUGUUGACUUAUGCCUUGUGUCUUCCUGUGAAUAUAAACAUCCUAAAACUGAACUUUCACCCUCAUUUCCCCUUGAGUGGUUUGCAAGUGAAGAACAGUCUCAAGAUCAAAAGAAACCAUUAACUCAAUCUGGAGGAGCUCAGCCACCUUCUGGAGGAAAGCAGCAAGGGUGGCAGUGUGACGAAUCCCCUCCCACAUCCAUGAGUGAGUCUGCCCCAUCUCAGACUGAUUCAGAUGUUCCCCCUGAGACUGAAGAAUGCCCUUCCAUCACUGCAGAUGCUAACAUUGAUUCAGAAGAUGAGUCAGAAACCAUUCCGACAGACAAGACAAUUAUGUACAAACAAAUUGACCCACCACCUGUCCUGAUGCAGGAUCACAGCCCUUCCUCUAGGCACCCUGAUGUCUCCAUGGUUGAUCCAGAGACUUUGCCCAUGGAUCAGAAUUUGGGUAAACCUUUGAAGAAGGACUUCAAAGAAAAGACAAAAAAGCAGGGUACUAAGACCAAGUCAUCUUCUCCUGUUAAGAAAAGUGAUGGUAAAUCAAAACAAGUGGCUUCACCCAAACCAUCUGUAAAAGAAUCUUUAGACAAAAAUUCUAAAACAAUUUCUCCAAAAAAGGAGUCUGUGGAGAAAGAAACCAAAGGUAUCUCUAAUCCGGAAGUAAAAUCUCGAGCGGAAGAGAAAGAUAAGGACACCAAGAAUGCAGCAAAUACAACAACAUACAAGUCAGCAAAGACUGCAAUCACAGAACCUGGGAAUAGUAAGUCAGCAAAAUCUACAGUGGUGCCUCCAGGACCUCCAAUGUAUUUGGAUCUGGUGUACAUUCCCAACCACAGCAAUAGCAAGAAUGUUGAUGUUGAGUUUUUCAAGAGAGUGCGAUCAUCCUACUAUGUGGUGAGCGGGAAUGAUUCUGCAGCUGAGGAGCCAAGCAGGGCUGUUCUGGACUCCCUGCUGGAGGGAAAAGCCCAGUGGGAGAGUAACAUGCAGGUGACCUUAAUCCCAACCCAUGACUCAGAAGUGAUGAGAGAAUGGUACCAAGAGACCCAUGAGAAACAGCAGGACCUCAACAUCAUGGUUUUGGCAAGCAGCAGCACUGUUGUUAUGCAAGAUGAAUCUUUUCCCGCGUGCAAGAUUGAACUGUAG